AAUCAAUAUCAACGGUAUCAACAUCAAUAAUGAGAGGAGAGACUGAAAUAGAAGAUGUGUUGAUAUUAAAUGAUAAUAAAAGACAAACAUCUUCAUCAUCGAGAAGAAAAACCAUUAACAAAAAAGAAAAAGAUAAUUGA